CCUUCAUCAAGGACCAUGAAAGGAUUAACUAGUAGCCGUACUCAUCCCCAGCUCAGCUCAGCUCACACUUGUGGCCUGAUGACUGAUGACUGUGAGCAUUCUCAUGAACAUAUGCACCAUGGCUUGGAUUCUCGGCAGUCGUACUUGCUCAGCCCAACUGACAGCUGCCAAAUGGACCAUCACCGUUGUUCACCUAGAAGUUCUAUACAUUCUGAAUGUAUGAUUCCAAUGAUGGUAGGGGAGCACAUGUCCAGCAGUACCUUCCCAAGAAUGCACUACACCUCACAUUACGAUUCCAGGGAUGACUGUACCAGUGUCUCGCACACUGGCAGCAAAAUUAAUCGUAUUCCAGCUAAUCUGCUGGACCAGUUUGAAAAACAAUUGCCUCUGCACCGCGAUGGCUUUCAUACACUGCAGUAUCAACGAACGUCCACUGCCACUGAGCAACGAAGUGAAAGUCCUGGCAGAAUAAGACAUCUUGUACAUUCUGUCCAAAAGCUUUUCACUAAAUCUCACUCUUUAGAAGGGGCUUCGAAAGGAAACCUGAAUGGCACCAAAGGUGACGGUCGGCAUUCAGAUGAUUACCAUCAUUCCCACCAUCCCAAACAUGGCAAGAGGAGUAAAAGCAAAGAACGAAAGCCAGAGCCCAAGCAUAAGUCUUCAAUGUCGGCUUGGUGGAGCUCAGAUGACAACUUAGAUAGUGAUAGCACUUACCGCACGGCAAGUGCGAUGAGCAGACAUCACAUCGACCAUAUUUCUCAGUAUUAUCCAGAAAAUCUUCAGGGGGCCUUCAGUGAUCUCACUCUGAAGACUUCAAAAAGCAACAACGAUGUUAAAUGCUCUGCUUGUGAAGGAUUACCCAUGACACCUGAAGGGAAAUUUAUGAAAAGAAGCUCCUGGUCCACACUCACUGUAAGCCAAGCCAAGGAAGCUUAUCGGAAGUCAUCACUUAAUCUGGAGAAACCUCUUGUCCAUCAGGAAAUAAAAUCAUCUCUGAGGCCAUGUCAUUACCUACAAGUCCCCCAGGAUGAAUGGGGAGGAUAUCCACUGGGAAACAAAGAUGAGGAGAUCCCCUGCCGAAGGAUGAGAAGUGGCAGCUAUAUUAAAGCAAUGGGAGAUGAAGAAAGUGGUGAAUCUGACACGAGCCCAAAAGGUUCACCAAAAGCUGCUAGUCUCCAUGAAACACUAAUGAAAGCUGCUGGUCAGAAAGUAGAUCAUCAGAACCAGAACUACCUACAAUCUGCAAUUGAAGUGACCAUCAACCACAGUCUAGAUCCUGCCACCAAUGAGAACUCUCCCAAGUUUCGCUCAAGAAAUCAGAGCUAUAUGAGAGCUGUGAGCACGCUGAGCCAAGCUAGCUGUGUCAGUCAGGUCAGUGAAGCUGAGGUGAAUGGACAGUUUGAAUCAGUUUGUGAGUCUGUUUUCGGAGAAAUUGAAUCACAGGCAGUGGAUGCUUUAGAUCUUCCUGGCUGUUUUCGCACACGAAGUCACAGUUAUCUGCGUGCCAUUCAAGCGGGAUAUUCCCAGGACGAUGACUGCAUCCCGUCAAUGUCAUCUUCAAUUAUGGCCUCCUCCAUCAGAUCCUCAACAGCAGUUACUUGCACUAAUUACAAAAAGACCCCGCCACCUGUACCACCUCGAACUACAUCCAAACCAGUGAUUUCGGUGACAGCCCAGAGCAGUACAGAAUCAACUCAGGAUGCAUAUCAUGAGAACCGAGCACAGAGGAGUUCCCCGUGGCCCCAAGAUGGCAGGAUCAUUUACAACUCAAUGGACAGCCUGGACAGUACAAAGGCUGUGAACAUUGCACUGGAGUCAGCCGCUGCCCAGCACCAUGCUAUCAAUAACAGCAAAAACAGUGCAGUUUUAACCAGAGACAAGGCCAUCCUAACCUUAGAUGUGACAAAGGCAGAACAGUAUCUGAAGAAUCAGCGGUCCUCGAUUGGGAUUCAAGUGGAUGCCAUGGAGACAGCAACAGACUCAGACACAGACAGCAGAGGCCUACGGGAGUACCACUCAGUGGGAGUGCAGGUUGAAGAUGAAAAACGGCGUGGGCGAUUUAAGCGUUCAAACAGUGUGACAGCUAGUGUACAGGCUGAUCUUGAACUAGAAGGAUUUCCUAGUCCAGUGGCCACUGAGGACAAGGCGCUUCAGUUUGGUUCCUCAUUCCAGCGUCACUCUGAGCCCAGCACCCCUACCCAAUACACUGCACUCAGAACUGUGCGCACCCAGGGUCCACUGGGCUACAGAGAAGAUUAUCGAACACCCAUUGACACAUCUAAUUUUCCACCACCGGAUCCAUGGCUGGAAUCUACCCAUCAACCAGUGGAAACUGGCCGAAUGUCCCCUUGUCGAAGAGAUGGUCAAUGGUUCAUGAAACUGCUGCAUGCAGAAACCAAGAGGAUGGAAGGAUGGUGUAAGCAGAUGGAGCGAGAAGCAGAGGAGAAUGACCUAUCAGAAGAAACUUUAGGGAAAAUUCGGAGUGCAGUGGGCAGUGCUCAGCUUCUUAUGUCUCAAAAAUUCCAACAGUUUUACUGGCUUUGCCAACAGAAUCUGGAUCCCAGUGCAAUGCCAAGACCUACCUCCCAGGAUCUGGCAGGAUUUUGGGACCUCCUGCAGCUUUCCAUUGAGGAUGUCAGCAUGAAGUUUGAUGAACUGCACCAGCUGAAGGCAAAUGAUUGGAAACCUAUUGAGCCAUUUGAAAAACAGGAGGAAAAGAAGGUUCCGCCGCCAGUACCAAAGAAGCCACCUAAAGGAAAAAUCCCAAUCGUGCGAGAAAAGUCCCUGGACCUUCCAGACAGGCAACGGCAGGAGGCAAGGAAACGGCUGAUGGCUGCAAAGCGAGCAGCUUCCUUUCGACAGAAUUCAACAGCUGAGCGUGCAGAUAGCAUUGAGAUUUACAUCCCUGAGGCACAAACCAGGCUCUAA